AUGGCUCAAACAUCAAAGUGUCUCUUUGUGUUCAUGGAAGGAGUGUUGAUGAAGAAUCACGAUGAUUCAAGCCACCACAACAGUUCAUCAUCAUCAUCAUCAUCAUCAUCGUCUGGUCUUUCAAGUGUCUUGGAACAAUCCAAACACGAAGAGAUGAAUCGUAUUUGCAGAUUGGGAGGAACAACGCUCAUUCAUACACGGAAGCUUGUCAAUUCCGAUUCCAAUACGAAUAGUAAUUCGUUGUUGAUGAAUGCUGAUACAUCUUACAUGAUGCAAUUGUUUGAUUAUUAUGAUCCUAUACAACCUGAAGAUGAUGAAGAAGAGGAAGCAUGGAAAAAACACAACGAGCUCCGGUUGGAAAAACAAAGUUUGUUUUGUAAAUACAAGAAAUUGAAAGUUCAAACAUGGACCACCAAUGCAGCUGUUUUACCGAUUUUUGAUCACAGAAAAGACAAGGUAAAAUUGGUGAAUGACCUUUACAAUAAUGCACAAGAGGAUGCGUUAGUCGAGAGUGCUGCUUCAGCCAUGUUGGAAAAUGACAUUUUACUUUUGCAUGAUAAUCUAUCGAAAUUGGAAUCAUCUCAAAAAGUUCUAAGAAUCGAAUACAUGGAUCGAUUGAUCAAGAAAAUUACCGCUAAAUUUUCACAAAUGCAACAACAAACCCCUCCCUUAAAGAUCUAUCAUGUUUUGCUUUUGAGCUGCCCGUUUAAUGACACCAUUUGUUUGGAAUCUCAACACACGGAAUCAAAAUCCCUUUUCAAACCAUUGCAAAGCUAUCAACAAAAGAAUGGGCAAAAUAUUUCACACCUCGUAUUUGAUGAACCAUCAAUGAUUUGCAUCCAAUAUUGUGAAGAAGAAACUAGAAGAGAUCACAACGAGCAGCUCACAGAAAAGUCAUGCAUUGAAAAUGCAGGAAAUUCAUCCAUUCUUGUUGACUUUAUUCUCGCUGAAGUGGCCUACAAGCUACGGAAGAGCCCAAAGUAUGGAGCAUAA